AUGGACUUCCUCUCCGAUACCGAAUACAGCUGCCUUCUUUGCGAGAAGAGGUUAAAUGUCUACGACGCUCGCCAAUGCUCCGACUGCGGCGGGAAAGGGGAUCAGUUCGAUCCCUAUUAUUGUAUCACUUGCGAAGAGGAAAACUGCACGACCAAAAGAUUCUGUAAAUUACAUGAAACCUGCUGGGAUAAACAUCUUCCCAGGGCAGCAAAACUCGCACAAGCUCACCAAAUGGUUGACCCGCUUUCACAAUUACUCGUCGAGGCUAUCACUCACUCGGAAGCCAAUCCCCAGAAGCAAAAGAAGAUGCACCAGAGGGAUGAAGAAGCUCGAUGGUUCAAUAUGAGACGGGACCACACGAUAGGCAAACCGGAACUCUACGUCUAUGAUCGCUUCAUUCAGCUCUGCGACCCGUCUAGGUCUGGAAACAGAGCUACUAAGCGUCAUUAUCCCAGUUUCGUCUCGUUCGUAGGUGACACUUCAGCUGGGAAGUCCACUCUCGUCCGGGCCAUGCUUCUUAUGGGAAUCGUGAAAUCGUCGCCAUUCCUUUCUUCCGAAAAUGGCCGGGGUGCUGCUCAGAAUGGUGAGGCUCUGGUUGAUGUGGUCAAACGAAUGAACGAGAGGGGGAAUGAUGGACCUGUUACUCGUUCAGGGAACAUCAACCACUUGACAGAUCCCACAACGUUGGGUGUCCACUUGUAUCUAGAUCAAGGAACUGCGAUGGAACCUGGUGACUCAUCUGCACCAAUACCAGAUGCGCAGUAUCCGAUUCUCUUCUCUGACUGCGAAGGCUUUGGAGCCGGAGAGGCCAUGACCAAUGCGGAAAAAAUGGAGUCAGUGGAUGAAAUCCCUGACUUGCGAGGAAGAGAGUUUGGGGUCUCCCGCAACCGAUCGCCCUCAAGAAGAGAUCAGUUAGCGCUUCAGCUCCAAGUCAAACCCCACUGCUACAGUCGUGGCAAGGAAGGAGUUGAUCUCUUCUACGCCAGAUUUCUCUAUGCCAUCAGCGACGUCGUUGUUUUCAUCACAAAAGAAGACCAGAGGAUCCGAAGCGAACUUGUCCGUGUCUUAGAAUGGGCUUCGAAGGCUGUUCACAAGUCCGUCAACCACCCUUCUCGGAAGACACUGAUCAUUGUCCGACACAUGGCAAGCAUCCAUGAGCCAGCUCUCUAUGAUGCCGAAGAUUUAGGACGACGGUAUCUCUAUAGCGACCCUGACAAACACCUGUGGGAAGAAUCCACAAUUCUAAAAGAAUUCGUGGAAGACUAUAACAAUACAGUUGCCAGGUAUGACUUGAGAAUUACAAGCAACGACAGGCUCUACAGAGCACUUUUUACCAAAAUCACUUGUUGUUACAUUCCCAACAAAGUCAAAGUCAAGGGAAGACCACAGGAGCUGUACAAACAAUAUCGAGCUUUACGAUCUCUGAUCGAGUCCUCCGUCAGAGAGGGACUGAGUCUCAGAGCAGAGAGCGUCAUGCAGUACAAUGUCCCGGCAUUAUCUCACAUUCUCACUCGAGCUUUUGAACACUUUGCAGCAUCCGAAAACCCGUUUGACUUCUACCUCGCUGCUCGACUAGAUAACCCAAAUCCUCAGUCAAUGCAAGACCACAUUGCGAACUUCCUGCGGCAUGCCUUUGAAUGUGGAGGAGACAUUCAAACGGUAAAUGACAUGGUUAUCAAGAUCGUUUCCAUUGCGCUUCUCAUCUAUACACACCACAAUUUUCGGCUAGCACCAAAUCCUGCCGAGAUAUUUGAUCGUGACUUGUUGGAGAUCUGGACUCGCUCUGUCGAGAUCUAUCGAAAGGAGUACGAAAAAUGCGCAUUUCCAUUUCGUGACGGCCCGUGUACUUCUCGACCGGCAAAACUUCACCAUCAGCACACUUCAGCAAAGGGUCAGUUCCAACCCGGUCCUUUCCAGCAUGAAAGGGAGUGGAGCUCAACUCGAAGGAACGAAUGGGUAAAUAACCUGCGUAAAGCAUUCUCGGAUUCUUAUGAAAAGAUCUUCUUGGCAAAAUAUCAGACGGGACCUUCCACCACAAUCGAAGAACGUGUGGCUAAUGAACUCAGUCUGAGCAAAGAACCGACUGGGACUCCCACUACAAUCGAAGGACGUCUUGCUGCUGAACGUAAUCUUAGUCGAAAAGGCUACUAUGAGAUAUGGAAGAAAAUAAAAAGUAACAAGACUUGUCUUUCUUGCCUCCAAGCCGUACCCGACCAUGUUCUACGCUGCGGGCAUUCUUAUUGCCCUCGGUGUGUCCAAGAGCUUGGAACGCCUUCCUCAGCUUCAGAAUGUGCAUGGAUAAUGCACUGCUGGCUCUGCUGGGAAGAAAAGGGAGAGAGCCCACAUCAAAUACAGCUGAAACCUAGAUGCGCUGGCGCAAGGAUUCUGACGCUUGAUGGAGGGGGAAUUCGCGGUAUCAUUGAGCUCUCAGUGUUGCAAGCUCUUCAUAAAGAAGUAGGUUUAGGGGAAGCUUUCUCUCUCAGAGAUAUGUUUGAUCUCAUCGUUGGCACUUCAACGGGUGGCAUCAUCAGCUUAGGACUGGCGAUGUCGAAUGCUUCCAUCGCCGACAUGGUUGCAUUCUUCACUGGGGCAUCAGAGAAAACGUUCUCUAAAACAACCGCCGGGAUAAUCUCCCGAAUCGGACCACUCAAGAAGCUAACAACAUACACUCUCAUGAUUCUUCGACUUACUGAGAGUGUUUUCUCAUCAGAAUCACUGAAGAAUAGUAUCAAAACCUUCUUCGAGGAAUACCAUCCUUCCGACACAAGUCUUUUCGCACCCGCGCUUCACAGCCAGCCCUCGAGUGCUCGCGUUGCAGUCACAUCUGCCAAGGACCUGGGACAAACAACUUGCUUGAUCACCAGCUACAACCACCCACUGGGCAACCCAGCCAACAAUCUUGAACGAGAAGAAGAUUCCGAGAAAGACAUGAAGAUCUGGGAAGCUGCGCUCGCCACCUCCGCCGCUCCCUUCUACCUGCCACCAUUCGAGAAGAAAGAGACGAACACGCAAUACGUUGAUGGCGCAGUAUACGCUAAUUGCCCUGCAGAAGUGGCAUACGGCGAGCUGGAGAAGCUCUGGCCAGAUAAGGGCGCCUCUCUGGACUACCUCGUCUCACUUGGAACCGGGGACCAGAAAGCAAAGGAUGCUGAGGCUCCUACACUCGUGAAUCUGGGCUUCUUUAUCUCGGUUCGAGCCAUGUUUCAGAGACAGCUGGAUUCGAAAAGCUCGUGGGCGAAGUUCGAGCAGCAGACUACUCCAUUCAAUGUUCGAUCAAGGCUCCAUCGCCUCGAUCCUCCUUUGCAAGGGGAGCAUGUAGAACUGUACGAGUACAAAAGACUGCAGGAGCUCAAGGAUCUGGCCACAGAAUGGACGAAAACCACAGCAGCGACGAGAAUCCAGGAACUUGCAAAUACUCUCAUUGCGAAUUUGUUCUUCUUCGAACCAGAUGAUAUCGAGGCUGCACACUCGCCGAUCGCAUCUCAAAGACUCCGCCCUGACCCGUCCUGUAUAGAAUUAGCGGGCUCCAUCCGCUGCCGUCUCAGUCAUGAGAGUCCUCAACUGGAGAAACUCCUCGGCGAAAUGGUUGAGGGGUUCUAUUCUUCCGCGAUGAGCUCGGACAACACGGCGGACGUAGGAAGAAUUCAGAAUUGGACGAAAGUAGAUCAUCCGCCGAGACAGGAAAGCUUGCUCGACGUUGUGGGCUUGGAACCUCAACAUCGAGGCAAUGAUGCUAAGAAGAAGUUCCGUCUACCGUUCACAUUUUUAGUCAAGAAGCAUAACAGCGUGUUUCAGGUACUGGCAAUAAAAUUGAAACGGAGUGAAAAGAAAAUUGCAAUUAGCGGGUUCCCAUCGACGAUUGAUGAUCUCCAGAGGAGGUCGAAAAUGAAGUGGCUGCAGUAG